AUGAAGUUCCGAUUUGUAAUACAGAUUUGUGAGGAUAUACCGCAAGUGCUGGAUUCAGAUGUGCCUGGGUUAGUUGAAAGGCCUAUCAACAUAUUUCUUCCUCGGUUAUUUCAGUUUUUUCAGUGUCCCCAUGCCUCUCUGAGAAAGCUAUCAUUGGGUUCUGUAAACCAAUAUAUUAUGUUGAUGCCUUCUGCCUUAUAUACAUCCAUGGAUAAAUACCUUCAUGGUUUGUUUGCCCUUACUAAUGACCCUGCUGCAGAAGUGCGAUAA